GGCACAAUUAUUAGCUUAUAUCCAACAAUUUCAUAUAUGCAGGAACUCUUUAAUGGACUUCAUAGAACCAGUCAUGAAUAUUGUGAAGGAUGUUGUACCUAUAGCUAAGAAAUAUUUCAACUAUCAGAUACGUCACAAUGAUUAUGUGAAUGAAUUCAAAGAAAAGCAAAAACAGCUGAAGCGCCGACGGCAAGACGUUGAAGAAGAACUGCAUGCUCAACUUACGAAGCCAGGGAAGAUUGCAAAGAAGGAAGUUCAAGCUUGGCUAGAGAAAGCAGACCAAGAAACUGCAGAAGAAGUGAUUGAAGAUCUAAUCUACAAAGGGGGCUUUUUGACAUAUAUUUUCUCCUCAAGAAAGCUCGAUGAAAGGACUCAAUCACUGACUGAAGGAAUAUUUAAGCAAGGAGAAAAGUACACUAGUGCUGAUGAGAGUUUGGUUGUAGAUACUCCCUCAACUGAGUAUUGGGCAACUGUAUUUGAAAAAAAGCAGGAGAGGCUAAAGCACCAAAAGGAAGACAUUGAAGCAAAUUUGAAGACUCAGCGUAUGCAACCUGGAAAGAUUGCAAGGAAGGAAGUUGAAGAGUGGCUAGAGAAAGCAGGCCAACAGAUUGGCAUAAAGGUUGAAGAUCUGAUCAGCCAAGGGGAAUGUUCCUCUCCAUCCAACCUCAAGAGAAAAAUUGAAGAAUCGAAGCAAAUACUUGAGCAAGGAAAAGAAUUCACUAAUGCUGGUGUGAUUUUAGUCAGAGAUGAUCACUCAAUCAAAGGAUUUCCACUUCUCGUUGAAAAAUAUAGUGGCAGGGAUGAUAUACAAGAAGAAAUUCUGGAAUGGUUGAAGGGAGACAAGGUUGCAAGAAUUGCAGUUUUGGGAAUGGGUGGUGUGGGCAAGACAACAAUUAUGAAGAAUGUCCACAACCAACUGUUGAUUGAAUCCAAAUUUGAGAAUGUUAUUUGGGUAACAGUGUCAAAAGACUUUAACAUUACUGUCCAGCAAAAAAUGAAGUUUGAUAUUCUCCAGUUUCAGAAAAAGAUUGCAAGUAGCUUGAAACUAGAACGAGAGCCAGAUCAUGAGAAUGAAACCAAGCUUGCUGCAUUGAUUUCACAAAGGUUGGGGCAGAGCAGCUUCCUGCUAAUUCUGGAUGAUGUGUGGGAGCCUUUUUCUCUAGAAGAUGUUGGAAUUUCUAAUCCAGUUGGAAAUAAUGGUUGCAAGUUAGUGCUCACGACACGGUCAAAAGAUGUUGCUCGUGCAAUGGAUUGUAAUGUGAUCCAUGUGAACCCUCUUCCACAUGAAGAAGCAUUAGAAUUAUUCUCGGAGAAAAUUGGAAGUGAUGUGUUUUCAGAUGGCAAAAUUAAAAGAGAUAUAGAGCCAUUUUUGAAGCAGAUUUUGCAGAAAUGUGAUGGAGUACCCCUUGCUAUUGUGACAGUGGCAAAAUCAAUGAAAGGGAAAUUACUUCCUCGUCAUUGGAAGUUGGCACUUUCUGAAUUCAGUAAAUUUGAAAGCAUUAUUGAUUGUUUGAAAUUCAGUUAUGAAUGCCUAGAACCACAAUGCCAAGAGUGUUUUCUAUACUGUGCAUUGUAUCCUGAAGAUGCUAAAAUCAGAAAGGAGGAGUUAAUUGAGUAUUGGAUUGAGGAGGGGCCUAUAUAUAAAGAAGGGAAAACUAGGGAGGCAAUGAAUUGGAAGGGUCAUGAUAUACUCGAUAAGCUAGUUGACAACUGCUUGUUGCAAUCGGUUAAACAUAGUGACUUCGGAGAAUGUGUGAGUAUGCAUGAUCUUCUCCGAGAAAUGGCACUGGAAAUCAGUCCUCAAUUCUUGGUGAAAGCCGGCAUAGCCUUGGAGAAGUUACCAGAGGAGCAUGAAUGGAGAGAAAAUCUUUUGAAGGUUUCUUUAAUGGGGAAUCACAUAACAGAAAUUCCUUCAAGCAUGCCGUCUCCAAAGUGUCCUAUGCUCACAACCUUGCUGUUGUCUGGUAAUAAGAUUUCAACAAUUCCAGAAGCCUUUUUUGAGCAUAUGCUUGGGCUCAAGAUCCUUGAUCUUUCUUACAAUCGUCAGCUAAGUAGGCUGCCGAGUUCUAUCUCCAAAUUGGAGAAGCUUACUACAUUAUUGCUAUUGGGAUGUAAGUCCUUAAGAGAGGUACCAGCAUUAUCCAACCUUGUAGGGUUAAAAAAGUUGGACCUUUCCGACACAUCAAUUGAAGAACUACCGCAAGGCCUCAACAUGUUAACAAAUCUAAAAUAUCUUGGUCUUGUUGGAAGAUUAUCUGAAACUCUUGAUGAACCGCUACAAAAUCUCUCCAAACUUCAGCAUUUACUAGUAACUGCCAAUCGCCAUGCCGAAACAAAAUUUAAAUGGGAGACGAUUGGAAUUUGGGGGAAGCUUCAAAACCUUGAGAAGCUGCAUCUUGAUUAUUUGCAUAACUUGAAUAUGGUGUUUGGGGAAGUAGGAGCAAUUGCAGAGUCAGCAUCGCUACCAGCUGGCACAUUUUCCUCUCUUCAAGAUAUUAGUGUUUGGCGAUGUGAUAAAAUAAAGAAGUUAUGCUCGGUUAGGUGGCUGGGAUAUCUCCAGAAACUACAGACUGUUGAGGUUGGUUAUUGUGACCAACUGGAGGAGAUAAUAGGGUCUGAAUCUAAAGAAGGAGAAAAAGUCGCUCUACCCAACUUAGAAAGGUUGGAAUUGGCAGAUUUGCCCUUAUUGAAAACCAUCUAUAGCGGUUCUUUGAUUUGUGAUUCCAUCAAGAAGAUUGAAAUUUCUGGUAGUAAACAUAUAGAGAGUGUUUUUUGGUCCGGGUUCAACCUACUUCCAAAUCUUGAAUAUCUAUUCCUUUCUUGUUUAAAGAAUUUGAAAUCCGUGUUUGAUGAAGAAGGUUUUGGUUUAUCGCCACGUGUACCUCCCACAAGCUUUUUCUCUCUUAAAGAAAUUAGGGUUACUGAUUGUGGUCAAUUAAAGAAGGUAUUCUCAUCCAGAUGGCUGCUCUGCUACUUCCAAUCUCUAGAGACUAUUGAGGUGUCAAGUUGUUCGCAAAUGGAGGAGCUGAUAUCGUCAUCGGCACAUGAAGAAGAAAAAGUCACUCUACCCAAGUUAGAAAGGUUGCAAUUGACAGAGUUGCCCUUAUUGAAGACCAUCUGCAGCAGCUCCAGUGUGUUGAUUUGUGAUUCCAUCCAGAGUCUGACGAUUUACCACUGUGAGAAGCUAAAGAGGAUUCCUCUGAAUUUUCCCUUGCUUGAUAAUGCCCAAUCAUCUCAUCCUCCUUCCCUCAUUCCCAAAGAAAUUCGGGUAUUCCCAAAAAAAUGGUGGGAAUCAUUGGAAUGGGACCAUCCCAAUGCAAAAGACAUCCUUUUCCCCUUCUGUGACUUUCGGCCAUGGUGGGAGUACAUACAUUGAAUCAAUUGGGAUUCGGCUCGGUAACCACAAGAAAGUUGGAGGAAAUCACAUAUGCACUAGUUGUUGUUGCUAUCGGGUUUUCAAUGUAAUAUAAACUUUGUUUUUCUUUUGCUGUGUGUGUUGUGUGUUUAAAUAUGUCCAAUUUUAAGUGGAAAACUAGAAAUGUUUGUUUCUUUAUUGUCUUUGUAAUGUUGUCUUUGAAACUGUGUAGGAAAAAGACUUGAAACUGUAUUUGCUUUUCUUGUAAUAUAUUCAAAUACAAAAAGCUAUCCCCACUUGUUUUCUUUCACUGUCUCCUUGAUCUUCAUUGCUGCCUCACAUAUUUUCUUAUGCAACCGAUGAGAUUCACCUUCAAAUAGCUUCACCAAUGAUUGCAUCAUGUUGGUCAGAUCCACUACAUAUUCUACUAUCUGCAAUUUGUCUCUCAAACCUUGUAAUUAAGGAAGCCCAAGUUCUAAGCCAGCUGAUUGUAUCAUUUUUGGUUUUUCUAUUCCAUAUUCUGCAACCUGCAUUCUCAACCUUCUUCAAAAACACUUGAAUUGAUCAGGAAACAAUAGUUCCAUGCCCAGAAGGUAU